UGCUGUACACCAUCGGCUAUCCUCGCUAACCCUAGCUAAGCCUUGUCCAUGGACAAAUUUGUCGUUCUUCGUUCUACUUCACCAGAAGGCCAUAAACCCAUCCGAAGGCCUCGAUGGAGGAGGAGCAUUGCCGAGUUGGAUGGCAGGCUAUCUUCCAAGUAUCGCCAUGAAAUGUCUAGUUUGUUGCUUGAAUCCUAUUCUGAGAUAGGAGCUUUCAGUCAUUCGUACCACAUUGGUGGCAGGAGAUGUCCGAGUCAUAUGCAUCGAAUUGGCAACAUUAUUGACCCAAAUCAUCUGGCACCUCUUAGUCUUAGAAGAGAGGGCGUUUCUGGACUGGAAUUUGACACCAAGGGAAUAUACUUGGCAUCAGUAACAAAAUCGGGGUGUUUAACAAUUCAUGACUUUGAAACUCUUUAUUGCCUGAGUAGUGGUCUAUCACCAUGUUUGGAAGAAGAUGAAACUAAACAUUUGCUGCACCUUUCUACUCAUCAACUUGAUGUCGUUCGAUGGAAUCCAGUUAACCAAGAUGAGGUUGCUUGCACAUCAAUGCAGAGUAAUGAAGUUCUUCUUUUUGAUAUUGGUUACGUCUCUUCUGAACCAACAGAGGUGCUAAGAAAGAGGCCUACCGUCACGGUGCAUGGUUGUGAAACCCUCAAGGGUUUAUCUGAUAUUUCUUUUACUUCCAUUGACAAAUCAAGGUUGCUUGCAUCUGAUGUUUACGGCAUCAUCAAUGUAUGGGACAGGAGAGCGAGUAAUCUUCCAUGUCUUGAGCUGACCACCAAUUCCCGUAGCACUAUUAAUAGUAUCCAGUUAAAUGUGGAAAAUCGGAUUGUUUUUGGGGCAAGUAAACAUGGCAUCAUCUAUGUUUGGGAUAUUCGUGGAGGAAGAACAUCUGUGGCUUUUCAAAGUCAUAAAGAGGUUAGUCAUCCUCCUCUAGCAUCUUUGAAGCUAGCAUCACUGCUAGAGAAAAUCAGGCCCUUGAAGGCACAAUCAGAAAUUUUAUCAAAGGAAAUACACUCAAUUGAUCUCGACCCAUCUUGUCCAUAUCAAUUAGCAUUCCAUCUUGAUGAUGGUUGGUCAGGUGUUCUGGAUACCAAUAAUUUUGAAGUUACUCACAUGCAUUGCCCACCUCCUGCUUGGUUGAAUGGAGCAGACAUAUCAUCUGGUUAUUCAUACUUGAGAAAACCAUCAUGGCUAACAACAUGUUCAAUCUAUGCAGUUGGGUCAUCCUCUGAUAGUGGGGUUCAUCUUUUAGAUUUUUAUCCAGGCCCUAGCUCAGCUUGCCAUGUGGAUUUCAAUGAGGACACACAAUGCAUUUCUAAGGAAGAAAAGCAGAACAGUCGAAACAAAUUUGUUCCUUUAUCAGAAGGUGUUACUGCUUGUGCUGCUCACCCGAUCAAUUCUACCAUCAUAGCUGGAACGAAGCGAUCCUCUUUGUUAGUGAUCUCUCAAAGGCGCCAGUGUCAUCCUAGUAAUUAUAGCCCAAGCAAUGAUGGGUUCUCUUAUUUAGUAGCUGUUGAGGAGUUCGAAAACUCACCAAUUUGAGCAGGCAUUACAAGGUGUGUGAAGCUUUAAAAAUGGAUAUAUUGCAGAAGUGGCAGGCAUCUGUGGGACAUCACUUCCAAGAAAAGUUCCAUUCAGGUUCAUUGUUUUCGAACCAGGUGAUCCUACAAGCAAUCUGAUUGGGACAGUCAGUAUUCCUUGACUUUUUUCCAUGGUACUAGUACGCAAUUUUGUAGGUCCUAAAGCAGUACGGUGAUAUGGUA